CAGAGUCAGAUCCAGGCCACCGGACGAGUAUUCGACCUAGAGGUGUCAUGCAUGUACCUCCCGGACGUAAUGCUAAUCAGUUUCGAUGACUCAUCCACCGGUACGAGCUCGAUCAAGUUCAUCAAGCAAGCUCCGCGGCAAAUCCGCGACGCUUACGAGUCGUACUGGAAGGUCAUCCACGACGACCUUGCCGUCAGUGAUGCAUCCGGACAGCUUACGAAUCUCAUGAGCAAGAAACAAAUCUAUCCAUGGUGGCAGCUUAUGUGCUUUGGUGGGAUAUGCUCCUCUUCCAUCUCCAUCAUCAGUUUUGGGGGGAAGCUUCAUCGGUAA